CCGGAACGAUUUUAUCCGAAUGUUUCCGGAGGGAAGGAAAUGAGCGACGGACCAGAAUCCUCCGCCGGCUUUCCAAGAUGGCGGCGUCCAUGAUACGCGUCUUGUGAAGGAGACCAACUUCUGCGCACGAUUUUCAGUCAAAUGUUAUUGCUCAGGGUGAUGGGUGGACCAUGAGAUGUACCCGCUGCAUCCUGCGGCUCCUGGGCCGAACAUACGAGCUCCAGACCGGCCCCGUCACUAAGGCCAGUGUGCUCCAUCAGCCCCAGCUCCAGGUGCUGAGGCAUCUCCAUGGCAGCACCUCACGGGCCAAGGGCCAAGAGCCCCGCCCCGCGAAGUUCGUUGGCAACGAAGACAAGAGCAAGGACAGCUCGCUGGUCGCCCACGACGACCUGUUUGAGCGGGUGGCGAAAGACGCCAAGACCAAGGCCACGUUCAACAAGGUGAUCGAGGUCUUCAACAAGAAGGACAUAAGGCGCAGGGGCCACGUGGAGUUUAUCUACGCCGCCCUGAAGAAGAUGCCCGAGUUCGGGGUGGAGCGAGACCUCGCCGUCUACAACAAGCUGCUGGACGUCUUCCCCAAAGAAGUGUUUGUGCCCAGGAACUUCAUCCAGCGAAUGUUCAACCACUAUCCGAGACAGCAGGAGUGCGGAGUUCAGCUUCUGGAGCAGAUGGAGAAUUACGGUGUCAUGCCCAACGUCGAGACCAAAGUCCUGCUGGUCCAGAUCUUUGGAGAGAAGGGCCACCCCGUGAGGAAGUACCAGCGCAUCAUGUACUGGUUCCCCAAGUUCAAGCACGUGAACCCGUUCCCCGUCCCCCACCAGCUCCCCGAAGACCCGGUGGACCUGGCUCGCUUCAGCCUGACUCGCAUCGCUAACGACCUGGAUGCUAAAGUCACCGUCUACCAGGUUCCCUGCACAGACGUCACAGAGAGCGGCUCCGAGGUCACGCUCCCACACAUCGUAGGCGUCCAGAGCCCCAGUCAGAUGGAGCUUCUGGCCAAGCACAACCCGAACAGGCCGGUGUUUGUGGAGGGUCCCUUCCCCCUGUGGCUGAGGAAGACGUGCGUCUACUACUACGUCCUCAGAGCCGACCCCACGCCACCCGAAGAGAAGGUAGAGGAGCCGUACGACCCGGAGAGGAGCCUUCAGUACCCGCUGCAGCUCGACCUCGAUUUAGACCGGGACUUCGGGGACGAAGAGUCUUUCGACGUUGAAGACCUGGACGAGGGUCCGGUCUUCGCCAUGUGCAUGACCAACCAGGGGGACCAGGCCACCCUCAACCAGUGGGUCUCCGGCCUCCAGAGGGACAACCCCGUCCUGGGCCGGGUCCCCACGCUCUUCCGCCUGGACGCCGGACCCCGGGAGCUGCAGGGGGCGGAGGCCGAUUAUUCCGAGUCGAGCCGGAGAGAAGAGCCGCCGCCCGGAGACGGAGCCGGAGCCGGAGCCGGAGCCGGAGCCGGAGCCAAGGCCACGGAGGAAGAGGAGCCGAGGAGAAGCCACGGGAUGAAGCAGUGAACGGAGGAUGAACGAGGAUAAAACGUGACUGUAGCUGAUCCUCAUUGGUAAAGAUAUCAAGUCAUUAAACCCCAGACGGAUCAUUUUAGUAAUCACGUCAUCUUUCUAUUUAUUUAUGGUUCCCUUCUGAUUUUAUGGAGAGGUCUCAUCUCUCCUAAAACCACAGUCUAAAAAUGUUCUUUGUUUCAUUCAUCUCUUCCCUCUUUAGAGAAGAUUGAUUCCUCUGUCUCCGUCUCAAAUUUAAAUGUAGUUACAAGCAAGAUACGAGUUAAGAUGUCGCCUCUCAUCUGUUUAUUCCUUGAAAUAAAAACUAAAAUAAAAAAGAAA